CGGGACGCCACUUCCGGCCCUGCGAUAAGCCGUCACUUCCGGCGCUGGGCCCGGCGCGGCGGCUGAGCGGCGCAGUGGGAAACCGCCUCGGCACCCUGGCAUCGCUUCCCGCCAAAAUGACGGCAUCGCUUUGACGGAAUUGAGCUGCUUUCACCCCCAAAACUGCUUCAAACCCACACCAUCGCCUCAGCAUUGCUUCCUGCCAAAAUGACGGCAUCGCUUUGAUGGAAUUGAGCUGCUUUCACACCCAAAACUGCUUCAAACCCACACCAUCGCCUCAGCAUUGCUUCCUGCCAAAAUGACGGCAUCGCUUUGAUGGAAUUGAGCUGCUUUCACCCCCAAAACUGCUUCAGGCUUGCCCCGGCACCUCAGCGUCACUUCGUGCCAAAACGACAUCAUCUCCUUGGCAGAAUUGAGCUGUUUUCACCCCAAAACCACUUCGAACCCUAGCCAUCACCUGGGCAUCAUGUCCUACUAAACUCAUGUCAUUGUCUUGACAGAUUUGAGCUGUUUUCUCCCCAAAACCUUUGAACUCCUACUGUCACCUUGGGAUUGCUUUGCACCAAAAUGACAUCGUCACCUGGACGGAAUUGAGCCAUUUUCUCCCCAAAACCGCUUUGAAUCCAUGCCGUCACCUCAGUAUCACUUCAGUUCAAACCCACUUUGUUGUUUUGACCAAAUUGAGCUGUUUUCUCCCCAAAAGUGCUUCGAACCCCCAUCGCUGCACCUCGCCAUCACGUUCUUACUGAAACCACCUCAUCCUCUUAACGGAUUUAAGCUCUUUUCCCCCCACAAAACCUCUUCAAACCCUCCCCGUCCCACUGUCCCUUCCCAAAACCUCCUUGUCUGAGCCCAGCCGUCGUCCCCCCCAAAUUUUGGCAGCGGCGGGGGGCCACAGCAGUGCCACCAUGUCGGGUGCCGACCCCCUGGAGACGCUGCAGGUGGAAGCAAGCUGCUCGGUUUGCCUGGAAUACCUACAAGAUCCUGUCAUCAUCGAAUGCGGUCACAAUUUCUGCCGUCGCUGCAUCACUCGCUGGUGGGCCGAGCUGGUGCGGGAUUUCCCCUGCCCCGUCUGCCGUAAAACCUCUCGUCAUCGCGCCCUUCGACCCAACCGGCAACUCGGCAACAUGGUAGAAGCCGCCCGGCAGCUUCGCGGUGCCAAACGGAAAGCCAGGGAGGAGAGUCGCUGUCAAGCUCACGGCCAAGCUUUGGCUCGAUUCUGUCGCGAUGAUCAAGCCCCCGUUUGCCUGCUCUGCGAGAUCUCCCACGCCCAUCGUGCCCACGCCCUUGUCCCUCUCGAUGACGCAGCUCUUGAGUAUAAGGAGAAGCUGCAGCGUUGCCUGGAGCCGCUGGAGCGGAAGCUGGAGGCAGUUGCUGGCUGCCGAGCACGGGAGGAGAAGAAACCGAGCGAGCUGAAGAGGAAGGUGGCUCUGCGGCGGGAACGCAUCACCCAGGAGUUCGAGGAGCUUCAUCAGCUGCUGGAGGAGGAGGAGCGGCUGCUGCUGCGGCGGCUGGAGGAGGAAGAGCGUGAGAUCCUGCAGCGGCUUCAGGCCAACCUGGCUCGGCUCGGCGAGCAGCGCCGGGUCCUGGCCGCCCUCGUGGCUGAACUGGAGGAGAAAUGUCUGCAGUCAGGUCCCGAGAUGCUCAAGGACAUCAAGGACACCCUGGCCAGGUGCGAGGCAGCGGCGGCACCGGUAGAAGAACCAGUUUCCGUCCCCAUUGAGCUGGAGAAAAAUUUCUGCAGUUUCCCCCGGCAAUACUUCACCCUCCGGAAAAUCACCCGGCGCCUCAUCGGCGAGGUGACGCUGGAUCCUGACACAGCACAUCCCAACCUGGUUUUAUCGGAAGAUCGGAAAAGCGUUCGUUUUGUGGAAGUUCGACCUCGGGAUUUACCUGAUACCCCGCGACGUUUCACCAUCUACCCCUGCGUUUUGGCGGCGCAAGGUUUUACCUCUGGUCGUCAUUACUGGGAGGUAGAAGUUGGCGAUAAAACCCAUUGGGCUCUCGGCGUUUGUAAGGAUUCGGUGAGUCGGAAAGGGGAAUUAACGCCGUUACCGGAGACGGGAUAUUGGCGGGUACGGCUCUGGAACGGCGAUAAGUACGCGGCUACCACCACCCCUUUCACCCCACUGACGGUGCGGGUGAAACCCAAGCGGGUGGGCGUCUUUGUGGACUACGAAGCUGGAAAAGUGGCUUUUUAUAACGUCACUGAUCGCUCCCACAUUUACACCUUCACCGAUACUUUCACCGAAAAGAUUUGGCCACUGUUUUAUCCCGGGAUCCGUGCCGGCAGGAAAAACGCGGCACCUCUCGUUAUCCGUUCGCCUACGGAUUGGGAGUGAGGGGGAGAGCGGCGCUGGCGGGGUUUGGCUUGAUGGUGUCUGGCAGCGCCGGGAUCCGGUACUCUGGCACUGCCGGGGUUUCGUGCUCUGAUGUGCUGCCAGGAUCCAGCGCUCCGGCAUAGACAAGGUUUGGCUGUCCGAUAUCCGGCACUGCAGGGGUUUGGCUCUCCGAUGCCUGGCAACACCGGGAUCCGGUGCUCCGGCACCACCGGGGUUUGGCUCUCUGACAUCUGGCACCACCGGGAUUUGGCUCUCUGACAUCUGGCACCACUGGGAUUUGGCUUUCCAACAUCCAGCAUUGCCAGGGUCUGGCAAUCCGGCACCACCGGGAAUUGGUUCUUGGACAUCGAGCACCGCCAGGAUCUGGUGCUCCGGCACCACUGGGAUUCGGUUCUCCGGCGCCGCCGGGCUCCUGCUCCUUGCCAUCAAGCUCCACGGCACCGCAGCGGCCCAGCUUACCGGCAUCAUCAGGGGGGUCUGGAUUGCCGGCACUGGCCGGAUCCGGUUCUGCGGCACCGCUGGAGGCGUGUGGUGGUAGGCGCAGGCGUGUGGCAGGGCUGUGUCCCCUCUGUGUCCCUGGCCCCGUGUACGUCCCUGUGUCCGUGUCGCUCCACGUGUCCCCAUGUCAGUCCAUGGGUCUCCACCUGUCCCUAUGUCCAUCUCUGUCCCUGUGUCCAUCUGUGUCCCCUGUCUGUCCCUCAGUGUCCCUCUGUGUCCCUCCACGUCCCCAUGUCUGUGCCCCUCUGCGUCUCCCCAUGUCCCUCUGUCCCUCCACGUAUCCCUUCACAUCCCUAUAUUUGUCCCUCUGUGUGUCCCCACGUCCCUCCAUGUCUCUCUGUGUCCCCAUGUCUGUCCCUCCAUGUCCCUUUAUGUCCCUCUGUGUCCCCAGGUCCAUCGUGUCUCCACAUCUGUGUCCCUCCCCGUCCCCAUGUCCCUCCAUGUCCCCACACCAUCCACAUCCCUGUGUCCCUCUGUCUGUCCCCGUCAUCCAUAUUCCACAUCUGUCCCUCUGUGUCCCCCUCCAUGUCCAUCAGUGUCCCUCUGUCCAUCUAUGUCUCUCCAUGUCCCCACAUCUGUGCCCCUCUGCGUCCCCACGUCCUUCCAUGUCCCUCCACAUCCCCAUAUUUGUCCCUGUGUCCCCACGUCAAUCCAUGUCCCUCUGUCCAUAUGUCCCCAGGUCCAUCGUGUCCCCACAUCUGUGUCCCUCCAUGUCCCCACACCAUCCACGUCCCCGUGUUCCUCCGUGUGUCCCCAUGUCCUUCCCUGUCCCCCCAUCAUCCAUGUCUGUGCGUCCCCAUGUCCAUCCAUGUCCCACAUUUGUCCCUCUGUGUCCCCCUCCAUGUCCAUCAGUGUUGAUGUCCCUCCAUGUCCCCACGUCCCUCGACAUCCCCAUAUUUGUCCCUCUGUGUGUCCCCAUGUCAAUCCAUGUCCCUCUGUCCGUGUGUCCCCGUGUCCUUCCCUGUCCCCCCCAUCAUCCAUGUCUGUGCGUCCCCGUGUCCAUCCAUGUCCCUCGCUGUCCCCCACGGCCACCUGUGUCCCCACGUCCUCCACGUCCCUGUCUCCCUCCCCACCCCUGUUAUUUCCAUCUCCCUCCCCACAUCCCCGCCCCGCCGUCGCCCACACCUGGGCCGUCCCGCACGCCUCUCGCACGCCUCUCACACGCCUCGCACACGCCUCCCACACGCCAUGGCGCCCUCGGGGCCACCGGAACGGGGCCCGCUGGCCCGACUGGCGCGAGAAACCUCAUGCCCGACCUGCGGGCAACCGCUACGGGACCCCGUCCUUUUUGCCUGUAACCAUAGCUGCUGCCGUCGCUGCCUGCCCGUUGCCCGUCCCGGGGAACCCGUCGCCGCCUUCUCCUGCCCGCGGUGCUGCCUGCCCUGCUCCCCUCGCCGUCUCCGUACCCCCGUGGCUUUGGCCGUGGAGAGUCGCAUCGCCCAACGUUUGGUUCGGGGAAAUCCCGGCCCCCCUCGCCGGCCGCAGCGCUGCAGCCUGGGGGCCCAGCUUCGAGCCGACGCCGCACCCCCCCCACGCCCCCCAUCCCCCAAGGAGCCACCCGGGGGAGGGGGGGAGCCCCCCAAAAGCUGCCCCCCCUCCUCCUCUUCGCUGAUGCCUCCCCAAUAAACGCCAUCUCCCCCCCCACCACGAGCGCCACGGCAGCGGUCGCA